UCUCCACUUCCACUAAAACUUAAUCCCAAACCCUAACCCUAACCCUAAUUCCAUGGCUCUCGUCCGCCAGAGAAGACUAGCUCUUACCCUUGACCUCCCCGUCGCCGACCCCGCCUCUGAUCGCCGCCGCCUCCUCCCUCCCCUCCCCCCUCCUCCGGCGACGUCCUCCUCCUCCUCUUCCUCUUCCGCCACUGAUGACCGCAUCUCUGACUUCGAGAAGCUCUCCGUCCUCGGCAACGGCAACGGUGGCACUGUAUACAAAGUUCGGCACCGCCGCACCCUCGCUCUCUACGCCCUCAAGCUCCCAUCCGCUUCCUCUCACUCUGCGUCUCUCCGCCGCGAGCUCGAGCUCCACCUCCGUGCCUCCCCUCACCCCUACAUCCUCCCUCUUCUCUCCCCCAUCCCCUCCCCCUCCGGCGACCACGCGUUCCUUCUUGAGCUUAUGGAUCUCGGCUCCUUAGACUCACUCCUCCGCCGCCAUGGCCCGCUUCCUGAACCCGCCCUCGCCUCCAUCGCCCGCCGCCUUCUCCUUGGCCUUGCCCACCUCCACUCACUCCAGAUCGUUCACCGCGACAUCAAACCCGCCAACAUCCUCGUGAACUCCGCUGGUGAGGUCAAGAUCGCCGACUUCGGUGCCGGCCGACUCCUACGCCGGUCCCUCGACACCUGCCUGUCCUACAUCGGCACCUGCGCCUACAUGAGCCCAGAGCGAUUCCAACCGGCAGCGCAUGGCUACGAUGGCUUCGCCGGCGACGUCUGGAGUCUAGGGCUUACAGUGCUAGAGCUGAGGCUAGGCCGCUUCCCCCUUCUCGGCGAGGGUGAGCGCGCCGAUUGGGCGGCGCUUGUAUGCGCGAUCUGCCUCGGCGACGGCACUCCGGCGGAGAUGGACGGUUACGAUGCGUCGGAGGAGCUGAAGAGCUUCGUUGGGAGGUGUCUAGAGAGGGACGCAGCAAAGCGGUGGACGGUGACCGAGUUACUGAGCCACCCGUUCGUGGAGCGGUCUGACUCGGACGAGUGUGACCGAGUUUUCCGCGAGUUGGUCCGAACCGAGUCUUGACUCGCUUUCUUCUUUGUGUCAUCUGUGUACAGUCUCAUGGAACUCGAAAUCCU